CUGAAGGCCUGAUCUCUGAGAUGGAUUGCAGAAAGCCUUUUACAGUGGAAGCUUUUUGUGGUGAGCCUGGCUUGGGUGCUGCUCCCAGAAGGGAGCCUUGGAGUAGGGAGUUUGUGUUGUGGAGGUGGAAGUUACUGUCAGUGAAAUGGAGGUGCCAGCUUCUGUGAACAAGAGAAAUGACCACUGAGCCAAACUGCAAGUCAUUUUUGUAAAACCCAGCUCAAAAGGUCUCUUGUCUGGGCUUUGGAAAUAACUUCGGUUCUUGGAUUCCUUCUGUUGACCCGGGAGAAUUAGUGUAGAGGCCAGAUGGAAAAUAUGCCUUCGUGACAAAGUCUCUACAAAGCUGAUCCCAUCUUGGCUUUAAGAUAAAAAGAUGGCCUAUCACAAAGUGAAUGCAGACCAGAGAGCACAGGGGCACUCUCCAUACCUUGACAACGAUGAGCUCCAAGCCACAGCGCUGGACCUGGAGUGGGACAUGGAAAAAGAGCUGGAGGAGCCUGGCUUUGACCAUUUCCGACUGGACAGCGCAGCCCAGCAACACCUGGGGAACUCACAGAGCCCUGACCUCGACCUGGAGCCCAUCCAGCCUUCCUCUUCUCCAAAGGGAAGAUUCCAGAGGCUCCAAGAAGACCCUGACUACAUCUCCCACUACACGAGACAGGCACCAAAGAGCAACCGCUGCGGCUUUCUUCGGAUACUGAAAGUAUUUUGCACUGCUUUGAUUUUAUUUAUUUUUGGAAUUGUGAUAGGAUAUUAUGCACACAAGAAAUGCCCUUCUCCCCCAACAUCUCAAGAACCAAAUAAUCCUCAGAUCUACCAUGAAAUUCUCAAGGAAAUCAAAGCUGAAAAUAUUCAACACAUUUACAGAGAUUUGUUAGAGUUCCCCAGAGAAGAUGAUGCAGCCCUUGCAAUGAAAAUCCUGGGGCAGUGGCGUUCCCAAGGCCUGGAAGACGUCCGGCUGGUGAAUUACUCCGUUCUGCUUGACCUGCCAGGCCCUUCCUCAAACACAGUAACUCUGCAAAACAGCGGGGAAUGCUUUUAUCCAAGUGGACAACGGUGCAGCGCAGACCCCAGAACACUUCACAGCCAAGACCUCCUGUACUCUUACGCAGCUUAUUCUGCCAAAGGAACUCUUGAGGCAGAGCUUGUUGAUGUCCAGUAUGGGACCAUGGAAGACCUGAUCCGGAUUCAAGCCAUCACAAACGUGACCAAAAAAAUUGCACUUUUGAAGCUUGGACAAUCACCUUUGCUUUAUAAGCUUUCUCUGCUGGAAGAUGCAGGGUUUGGUGGUGUUCUUGUUUACACUGAUCCUUGUGACUUGCCAAAGACUGCAGACCUUGCUGAUAAAGCUUUUAUGGUCUCCUUGAACAGCGGGGGAGAUCCAUCCACACCUGGCUAUGCCAGUAUUGAUGGAAGCUACAGGCAAAAUCGACUGAACCUCACAACACUGUUGGUACAACCAAUUUCUGCAGUGCUUGCCAGAAAACUCGUUUCCCUACCCAAGGACACUUCCCAAAAAGACAGAUGUACACCCCUCCAGCUGCCAGCUGCAGUCAAAAAAACUAUCAGUCUGAACAUUCAGUCUGUGACAACUUACAAGACAAUUUCUAAUGUCAUUGGAUAUCUAAAAGGAGCUGUAUUUCCUGACAGAUACGUCAUCGUCGGUAGCCAUCACAGCAGUUUGCAGGGUUUUGGUGGGCAAGGCUGGGCCAGCAGCACUGCUGUGAUCACAGCCCUGCUCCAGGCCCUGAUGCCAGAGGUGAGGAGGGGCUGGAGGCCUGACAGGACCCUGCUCUUCUGCUCGUGGGGAGGAACAGCCCUGGGGAACGUCGGCUCCUACGAGUGGGCUGAGGAUCUGAGGAGUGUUCUUCAAAAAAAUGUUGUGGCCUACAUCAGCCUCCAUAAUCCAGUCACAGGCAACUCAACUUUACGGCCCGUGGCAUCUCCUUCUCUUCAGCAGCUGGCAGCAGAGAUCCAGAGCCUGAACUGUGUGGAAAAGGCUAGAUGUCCAGAAUCCAAUGUGAGUUCUGUGCAGAUACAGGGAGAUUCAGAUUAUUUCAUCAACCACCUCGGAGUACCUGCCACGCAGUUUUCCUAUGAGGACUUCAAAGCAUCAGAGAAUUCCAGCUUUCUCUCUGAAGCUCUUUUUCCUGUACAUGCAACAAAAACUGAAGAGUUGGAUCCCUCCUUCAGUCUGCAUGAGACCAUUGCAAAGCUAACAGGACAAGUGACUUUGCAAAUUGCCACUGAUCCAGUUUUGCCGUUUAAUGCCCUCGACAUCGCGUUAGAAGUUCAGAACAGUCUGAAAGGUGAUGAAGCAGGCGUCCCUCAGCUGCUGGCAGUGGCAUCACGUCUGAGGGACACGGCGGAGCUAUUCCAGUCGGACGAGAUGCGCCCGGCCAACGACCCCGAGGAGAGAGCUCCUGUCAGAGUCAGGAUGCUCAAUGAUGUGCUACAAGGCUUGGAGAAAAGCUUCCUGCUUCAGCAAGCUCCUCCAGGACUUUACAGAAAUAUUCUUUACAGACUGGAUGACAGGACCAGCCAGUUUUCAGUACUGCUGGAGGCACUGGAGCACUGCAAACUACAUCAGUCAAAUGAGACCGUUCAAGCAGCCUUGUCAGAGGUGCUGAACAGCAUCAAUUCAGCUCAGGUUUACUUCAAAGCAGGACUUGAUGUGUUUGAGACUGCCUUAGCUGGAAAGAAAUGAGAGGAUUCUCUGCAUUCUAAGGCAUGUGUUUACAACUCUCUAAACAAAAGUUCAACUUGGACCAGAAUUGCUCUGAGGGUCAAACCUUUCUCAGCCUUUCCUUCAGCUGGCGCUUAAAGGUACUGCAACACGUGGUUUAAGAAAUGUAAAACAGUAUUUUGCACUGUUCACAAUAUAUCUCAAAUGCCUGUUCCUGAAUGUAUAAAACCCAAAGAGAGGGAGUAACACUUCAGAGAUGAUUUUUGGAAGGACAUCUGCUGUAUUUUUGUAUGUAAAAUAUGUUUUUAUAACUAAGAGCUCAAUCAUGCGAAUUACCAAGCACGUCCUGUGAUGUGCUGAAGCCCUGGUUCUGAGACACCCCAGAUGUGCACCCGGGGGAGAUUUCCUCUGUCAGAAAACUCUGCCUCAAGUUUCUUAAUGUUUUCAGCAAGCUCAUCUUCUUCCUUACUCCAUUCAGAGUAAGUAGUUGAAGGAUGUGGUGUUUCCAUGGGUAUCCAUCACCGGAGUGGAAAUGCACCGCACAUGGGUGCGAUCCAACACCUUUACUCCUGUGGAACAAUAAAUACCUCAGUUCUGAGAAUACAGAUAAACUUUGAUUCUUCCAUUUCUGUAUGAAAAUAAAGAGUUGUUUUCUCUGAUGUUUCUUGGAGAGGAAAUUUUUCUGAUGAUUUCAAUAUAUUUGCAAAGUAUGAAUCAGUAAUUACACUUGCGCAAAAAUGCUUUGAAUGUUUAUGUUAAAUGAAAGAACUGACUAGUCUUUAUAAGGCUAGAGGCCUUAAAAUUUUCACCAAACGUUACCAAAAAAUCCCACUUCAAGGUCUCUGA